CUCAUAACUUGCCUUCGAAUCCACUUCUCUCUCUAAACACCUUCUUCUCGACAUCUCUGUCGUUUCUAUCUCUCUCUCUUCCCCCCUCCUUCGCCGCUUCGAACGGAGGAAAAAAAUGCAGGGAGAGAGCGCAGGGGAGACGGGGUCGUCGGCGGAGUUGACCGCGUCAAAGGACGACUACCUCGCUUCCUCGUCUGAGGAUUCUUCGACCCCGGACGAGCUGGCCCUCGGGCUGACCCUCGGGGUCGGCGAUUCCCGCCUCUUCAAGUCCCCGCGAGCCGGCCCCGUCAUCUUGACGGCCAAGGACUUGCCUUCUUUCGUCCGCGCUUCCUCCUCGCCGCCGCCGCCACCGCCACCGCUGUCGGCGUCAUCGUCGUCGUCUUCUUCGUCUACGCUCAGUCGAGCCGAGGGUGGGGCCGGGACCAAGAGGGGUGCGGAUUCCGUGGCUGCUCCUACUGCUUCCAGUCAGGUAGUGGGAUGGCCUCCUAUAAAAUCUCACAGAAUGAACAUCUUGGUUAACACUGCAAAAUCUACUUCAACUGGAGAAUUCGACCCCAUAAUUGAGAAAAAUGAUAGCAAGCUUGCUGCAUUGGAGAAGAUCAAUAAUGUCAGACAUGAUGAAAGCGGUAACUCCAUGAAGGUAUUGUGCCCGAAAACCUCUCUCUUUGUAAAGGUCACUAUGGACGGAGUUGCAAUUGGAAGGAAGGUAGAUCUGAAUGCACAUCAAUGCUAUGAGAGAUUAGCAGAGACAUUGGAGGAUAUGUUUGAUCAUCCCACUACAAAAGUCAAUGCAACUCGAUCAAAUAGGUUGACGCAUCACGGAUCAGCAGGAGCAACAAGAGCCUCAAAAUUGCUGGAUGGUUCAUCUGGAUAUGUUCUUACUUAUGAGGACAAAGAUGGAGAUUGGAUGCUUAUUGGAGAUGUUCCUUGGAGGAUGUUCCUGAAUUCUGUGAAGAGGCUUCGAAUUAUGAGGACUUCUGAGGCUAAUGGACUUGGUAGUACUGAAUUAUAUAGUCAGUUUUCCGAGACUUGAUCAUGUACAUGGUUUUGUAUGAUCAUGAUAUUGAAAACAUUGUUGAGAAUGAGUGCUAACCUAAAGCUGGGUGCUCUGAAGCUAUCCAGGUCCCUGUAGAGCGUGGUUGCGAACUUUUGAGUGAACGUGUGUAUAGCUUGCCCAUAGCCAUACGGUUGAGGAAAUGAGAGACUGGAUAAAUGGAGCAUUUUGAAAAUCAUGGCUGC